GUGAUAGUUAUAACCAACGAACCACCCUAUAACAGAAUCUUACGCGCUUCCUUUCCCACCCUCUCCGUUGCUACUCUUUCUCUCUCUAUUCCAAAUCAACAACACAGAGCAGCUAGUGCUGAAUCUGCUCAUACACGGAUCACGACGCUUUCCUCUGGUAAUCUCAUCUCAUGGAAGACCGCAAGGAGAAGAAUGGUUCUGCGCCAUGGCUAUCAGUUCCACAGUUUGGUGACUGGGAUCAAAAGGGAGAAGUUCCUGAUUAUUCAAUGGAUUUCUCCAAAAUCAGGGAAAUGAGGAAACUGAACAAGAGAGAUGCAUCAAGAGCCAGCCUUGGAAAUGAAGAAGAGCUUGUUUCUUCCUCUUCAUCUUCCUCUAACAGGCCUUCUUCUACAGUUAAUGCUGUUGUUGAUGCUCCUCACCAUUUUCACACACAUCAAAAUCACACUUCAACUGUAAGUUCCCCUGAACCCAUCAACAGAAAGCUCUUAAUUGAUGAUUGA